AUGAAUGCGCUUAAAAUUACUUCUCAUAUUAUUCCCGCCUCAUCAAUUCGGAGGUUAUAUGGCAAUAAUGGUGGUCAACUUCUUAUUGCCGUAAAUUCCUAUGAUCCCAUUGAAGGUCCGGGUUUUGAAAAAGAAACUUCUUGCGAGAAAACAACGAUUAUAUUUGCCGCUGCCAAUGGAUUUCACAAAGAAAUUUACGAACCUGUUAUAAAUGGUUUGAACGAAAAAAGAGAAAGGUGGAAUGGUGGGACUAUGUGGGCUUUAGAUGGUUCGAAUCAAGGCGAUAGCGCCGUGGCGAAUCAAGAUAUUCUUCCUGAUUCUUAUAACUGGUCUGAUCUUUCCCGAGACAUUCUUCAAGUUAUAGAUUAUUUUAAUAUCAAAGGACCCAUCGUUGGAGUCGGGCAUUCUUUAGGAGGAUGUGCAAUAUUAAUGGCAGAAAUACUUCGUCCCGGCACUUUCUCAUCUCUCGUAGCGAUCGAUCCUGUACUUUACCCAUAUAAAUCGAAAGAGUUUGCAAUUUCAUCCUUUCAACUUGCCUUAAAACGAAAAGAUACUUGGCAAAAUAGAGAUGCGGCAAAAGAAAGUUUUCUCAAACAUAAUUUUUUCAAAAGCUGGGACCCCGAAGUACUAAAUAUUCAUAUUAAAUAUGGUUUACGUGAUUUGCCUUCAGGAGAGGUUACUCUUAAAUGCCCCAAAAUUCAAGAACAUUACACAUUCACGCACGAUUCAGAUACUCUUAUAGAAACGUUUCAGAGGUUACACGAAAUUCAAUGUCCAGUAUUGUUUAUCACCGGCAAGAAAUCUACCACAAUCAAUCCGCUAGACUUGGCGUUGUUUAAGGCGUCUAGAUGUAAACAUGGUGAUUUGAUAAUUCUUGACACAGGGCAUUUGGUGGUAAUGGAAAAGCCUAAAGAAACCGGUAUGUCUAUAACGGGAUCUGAUUUAUCGAGAGUAAUUUUCUAUACAUUCUCUCUACAAUUUUUACUCACUUUUGAAAACAAACCGAUAGCAAAAGAAAUUCUUUACUUUAUAUGUCGUCAACAGUCUAAAGAAUCAUGUGAAAAGAAUAGCAGUGUGUGUGACGGAAUUAUUCGUAAUGCGAUUUAUGAAGAGGGAAAUAAUGAAAAAGGGAAAAACAAACAAAUAAUGGAAUCCAAGCUCUAA